AUGUCUUCCAAUACCGAUGGUCAACAAUUUGUUGAGCAGGCAAGGACUGGUUCCUCAGAUGUCAUCGGUCAAGAGGACAUGAAUGAAGGCCAUGAAACGAGUGGACAAAUCAGUUCAAAUAUCAUCACUCCUUCUCUCCCAGAAAUCCAGCCAUCCAGCGACCUUGGCCUUGACCUAUCUGACAUGUUUGGAUCUAAAAACCUAGAUUUAGAAAAGGUGCAGAAGCGCGCUUCGAACGUCCAGAAACUUGCCCAAGAAAAUGACAAGCUGAAAGCUGAACUGAAAGCGAUGUCGGAGCGACUCGAGGCUGCCGAAAGGAGACGAGAGGAGUUGAGCCAGAAGAAGCAGAUGAUCAGAGAGCCACCCACAAACUAG